AACCGACGAUUAGCGCGCAAUGACGAUUUCGCAUUUUGACCGCGGCACGAUUCAGCCAGGCGCGAUGCGCGAGUGAUGAGAGAAGAGAAGAGUCAGAGGGAGGGGCGAUUCCAACAAACGCUGCCGGACUUCGGAGUAGUUGUUAAUGUAGUAUAUGUGUGACAACGGGAUUGACAACAUGGAUACGUCUGACUUAGGAGGAGGUAUAAAUUGUACACCCCCGGCGAUAGAAGACUUUCCACACGAUCUUUUCGACGAGAAGCAAAGGCAAGGCGGGGCUGUAGUCGUCCACGUGCUCGUUUCGCUUUAUCUAUUUAUCGCGUUAGCAGUAGUAUGCGACAAGUUCUUUGUUCCCGCAGUGGAAAAAAUUUGUCACGCGCUCUCGAUGUCCAAGGACGUGGCAGGCGCUACAUUCAUGGCUGCUGCGACGUCGGCACCGGAAUUGUUCGUGAACGCGAUCGGCACGUUCAUCACCGAAGGUGACAUCGGCGUCGGGACAAUAGUAGGCUCGGCUGUAUUCAAUAUCCUCGCUGUGCCUGCCUGCUGCGGCAUUGGCGCUGGAAUGGUAGUUCCUCUGGACUGGUGGCCGGUGAGUAGGGACUGUCUCGCCUACGGCGUCACCGUCGCCAUUCUGAUAUGCAUCAUACACGACGAGCGAGUGGAAUGGUACGAGGCGUUGGCGCUGGUGUUACUCUACAUCGUCUACAUCGCGGUGAUGUACUGGGACAAGUCGUUCCAACGAUGCACAUGUUUUCGUAAGCACAACGUCGACCAAACGUCACCGCCCGACGAUCAUCGACUAGCGGCAGAGGGCAGCACCGAAAUUCACUUAGCGAGGUCUGAUAAAGUGCAACCAGCCGCUGAUCAAGCUGAGCACACAGACGUGCCGUUGCAGAAUGGGGGAACGAAGACUCAAGACGAGAAUCCCGAUCCCAACUAUGAGUACGAGUUGCUGGUCUGGCCAUCGCGAGCUGGAUGGAUCAGGAAAACGGCCUGGAUCAUGACAUGGCCGAUUCACCUAAUAUUCAUGUGCACGAUACCGGACUGCGAGAAACCACGAUUCAAGAAUUGGUUUCCCGUCACGUUUCUCAUGUGCAUCAUUUGGAUUGGAUCGCUGAGCUACGUCGUCGCCUGGAUGAUCACUAUAAUCGGGGACACACUCAAGAUACCAGACUCCGUGAUGGGCAUCACAUUCCUCGCAGCUGGUACCAGUGUUCCAGAGGCUGUGUCGAGUGUCAUAGUAGCGAAGCAAGGACACGGCUCGAUGGGUAUCAGCAACUCGAUAGGAUCGAACACCUUCGACAUACUGUUGUGCCUGGGUCUACCAUGGCUGAUCAAGUCCUCGUUCUCCCCCACGCAACCCGGGAAACACUACAUCAGCAUAAACUCCGGCGGUCUCGAGUACAGCGCCAUAUCGUUGUUGUCCACCUUGAUGCUACUCUAUAUUGCUUUUGCCUCGAAUAAGUUUCAGCUCGAUAGAAAAGUAGGCCGUGCCUGUUUAUGUAUGUAUGCCGUGUUCCUUAUACUAGCCUCGUUGAUAGAGCUCAACGUAUUCUUCAGGGUAAACUUGCCCACGUGCCAGAGGACGGUCAAGUGAUACCGCGAUCGAAUAGUAGAAAACGCUUAACGAUAUUCGAUACGGUUUUUAGUUGAUCGUCGUACGUUCCGUAGAACUUGCGAGCAACACCGAGUGGACCGAAGAAUACUGUUUUAUAUUACGCGAAAAAGAAACUACUUCCUCUAUACUACCGUCUCGCCCUCUCUCUUCGCGAGACACGCUAUCCAACCCCCGAGGCUCCAUUAUGUCAUGCCCAUCCUUUCUUCACGAAACCAGGCCGGCCACCAGGUCGAUAAAAUAUCUUUUAUCCGUCUCAACAACAGCUUUGUCCACUGUACCUUUCAUUCCACCGCUGCACACCACCGUUGUAUCCCCCUAUUCUCUCCAUUCUUCCUCGAUCGCGAUCGACCGUGCUAAAACUUUCUCCCCUUAACAUAUUUCCACCCUCUUUUUUUUUUUUUUUUUUUUUUUUUUGGACACUUUCCGCCUCAAUCGUCGCGCUAUUGCUCUUACCGUGAACAGCGAAUAAUCUAUAAGAAUCGAGAAACACAUUGAGUUAAUAAAAAAAAAAAAGAAAAAAAAAUACAAGGCAAAGAAUACAGCAGGUGAUUACAUCCUCCGGUAGAACGUAGACACUCGCCGCCCCCAAUUAUCUUACGUCGCGCGUGCACGCAUUCUCGACCAGGUAAUCACGCGUUUGUCGGUUUAAUGUAGGACAGCAAUCGCGUGUAAAACGAUUUCGCGUUAACAUGUAAUCAGUUUUAUCAUUUUUAUCGUCGAAAAGGGACGGUGUUGUAUCAUGCGCGCAACACAUGUAACACGAAUUACCAUUUCUACGCCAGAUUCGCGGUGAACAUGCCGAACAUGUUGAUCGAACGGAAAUUAAUGAAGCAAAAAGAGUAAAAAUCGAAAGAUCAAAGAAAACAGGGACAUCAGCGAGCUGUAACCAAGCAUGUCCGAUCGUACGAUAGCGUGGAAAAGACUGCCGCUUCUGCAAAAGUACAGAGAUGACAAUUAGCGAAUGUAUGACAGGGAUGAGCGAUAUUUGCCACGAAAUUGUCUCAAAUGUACCUUGAGGAAUGUUUGACGAACAAGUUUUGGUCAUUUUUGUUCUCCUUAGUGGAAUGCCUGGAGUGUUUUAUGGUUGUAUUUGAUAAUUGGGCCCUAUGGAAUACUUUAUCCGAUUUUGGUGGUUUAAUCGAGGAGUUUUAACGGAAUAAUUAAAUUUUUGUCGUAGUUGGAUGUACGUGGAGGAUGUUUGCUCUUUAAAUUUGAUAUAAUGGAGUAUUUUUAUGACGAUACACUUGUGAGUGACCAAAUUUGUACUUUGAAGAGUUUGUAGAAUGCAUCGGAUACAUUUGUAAAAACAGAAACGAAUGAAACUUUAUAUAAAUUCAAUUAUUUAAAAAAAAAUUCAUGAAUAUUCACAGACAAACGUCCAAAUUUCGAGACAAUUGCAGAAAAAGGCUACGAAGAUAUACAUACUCCUAAAUUUCUUUCUCUACGAACAAUUCGAAGAG